AGUGGCGGGGCCCGGCUGGUGCCGGCGGGGAGCGGGGGCUGCCGGGGUUCCCCUCGCUGCCCGCAGCGCGGCUCUCAGGGCUGUCGCAGCCGAGGGAGCGGCGCCGGCCUCGCCCCUGUCAGGCUGUGGGAUGCCGCGGCUCCCGCCGCCAUGUCAGGCGUCGCCUGGGCUUUGGGAGGCCGCCGGCAGGCCGGCGGCUCGCGGUGCUGCAGGGGCUGGGGGCAAGCAUGUCUGUCAGCGGCAGGGCAGGGCAGGCCUCCUGCAGAGGGGCGGGCAGGGGGAGGAACACCGCGGCGAGUCGGCAGAGGGAGCUGAUGCCGCUUUGGAAAAGCUUGUCCUCGGUAAAAAUGCCUCUGGAAGAACCUCCUCAGCCGCCGCCUCCUGCCUCCCGAAAGGAGAGAAAGCCAAUCCAGCGCUGCAUUGCACAGGGCUCUUGUGCUUCAUCAGUACAGAUUACCAUCUCCUGGAUGCAGACACCAUUUGUGGCCAAAAUUGCACUGUUCACACCCGCCCUGCACAGUUUUGAUGCUCGCAUCCGAUGCACAUCUCCUUGCACCCUAUGUGUGCCUCCUUGCGCCUCCACUCAGCUGAAUGCAGUGCCCGCUCGGCCAGCGAGGUCACAGCACUUUUCUAAGCCCUUGCCAUCACAGAGGUGUCAUCUGGCACCGAGCGCGACAUGGAGACGCUCCAGCCACCGUUCCGCACUUGCUGAUGUAGAAACUGGGCUCAGUUUCCAGACAGGCACUCUGCCAAGGAGUCAGGUGAGUCACGGACACAAAGUGCUUCCCAACAGCCUUGCAGCCGGACACCUCGGCAUGGCCGUGACAGUAACGCAGCUUGCGUAGGGCUGCUCACAGUCCCCAAAGGGCUGAACGGCCUGGAAGGUGUUAGACCAUGUCUCCUCCAGGUAGACCACGGCCCCUGACCCUCAUGUUUCUUUUGGGGAUGGGGAUGGCAUCAGAGAGGAUCAACUGCCCGAGCAGGUGUAGCUGUCAGUACCUGGAAGUGAACUGCACAGGGCAGCAGUUGCAAGAGUUCCCUGUGGCUAUCCCGCUGGACACCAGGCAGCUGAUUCUGGCGGCAAACAACGUCUCAUACCUGCCAGCGGUGGAAUUGAGCUUCUUGGCUGAUUUGGUCUAUCUGGACUGCAGCAAGAACCUCUUGGGGGAUGACCUGGAUUUCACUUUCAUUGGUGUGGCCAAGCUUGUCUAUCUGGACCUCAGCUUCAACAACAUCACACAGGUGACCUUCAGCACCUUCUCACACCUCCUCAGCCUGGUGGUGCUGAAGAUCUCAGACAAUCCCAACCUUGUGGCCAUCGAGAAGGAUGCCUUUGCCAACAAUACCUGGCUGAGGCACCUGGAUGUGAGCCGGACGGGCUUAACAUUCCUGGACACCAGCACUGUCCAGGACCUGCCCAACCUGAGGUUUCUGGGGCUCAGUGACAACCUGUGGCACUGCAACUGUUCCUUUUUGGACUUCAUCACCUGGAUGACAGAGAGCAACGUUCAUUUUCCAGAUGCUGACAACAUCACCUGCUACACCCCAGAAGGCCUGCGUGCCCUAAAAAUGCCUGCAGCGGAGGCACAGCUCCACUUCACCUGCCUGACCCAGCUGUACAAACGAGACUACGUCUUUCUGUGUCUCGUUGGCUUCUGCAUAUUCUUUGCCGGCACCACGGCAGCCUGGCUGGCUGGCAUCUGUGCCGUCAUCUACGAACUCCACACUUCAAAGGGGGAGGAAGAGGAGGAGGAGGAAGAAGACACAGUCACUUAGGAUCAGCCCUACAAAUCUUUCUGAAUGCCCGUCAUGGGAACUGAAGGCAGGCCUUUCCUGCCCAAUUUCCCACAUUAUGUCCCAUUCUAGAUGCUGGGUUUUUUUGAAGUGAAAUAAAACUGCAAGAGAAGAAAAGUCUCUGUGCUCCAGUUUCACUCACUGUGCUACCUCCACUUGUCUUCUUCCACUGGGACUUGGGACAUUGGUU